UCCACAUAUAUAUUCCCAAGCUUCCCUACCUUUCCUCUCUCUCACACAAUUCCUUUCGUGAACAAUCUCUAUAACACGUCCUUACUUCCUCGGCCUACCAUCAUUCCCAAGACCAAUACUCCAAAAAUCCACAACCUUCAAGAUGUCUCUCGACUUUGCCCGUGCCGCUCUCGCUGAGCGCCGCCCUUCCUUCUUCCUUUCAUUGGCGCCUGCUACUUCUUCUUCAUACCCUCAACCUGAGAGACGAUCUUCUGUUUCCGAGGGUUCGGUCAGGCCCCGACGAGCCUCCAUCAGCUCCCCAACUGGUCUCCGGGUCCUGAAGCUCGGCCCUGUCUACUACGGUGAACACAUUGGCCAGAACAAGGAUGACUUCUACGAUGUCCCGGCCUCUCCUCCUCUCGCCGCUGUUGCUCCCUCUUCUUUCCUUUCACUGGCACCGGCCACUUCGUCCUCCUACCCUCAGAUGCCUGCUAGCAACUCUGUUGCCCUUCCUGAGAGGCGACGAUCCUCUUCCAGCUCCACCACUGGCUUCAGGGUGUUGAAGCUGGGCCCUGUUUACUGGGGACAGCACGCCGAGGAUCACAAGGACGACUUCCACGACGUUCCCUCCUCUCCUUAGAGAACGGGAAAUGGAGUCGACUCAAAAACAACACUGGGAAUUAGCGACGUGAUUUUCUUUCCUAUUCUUUUUUUUCUUUCAGCACCCAUGAGGGAUGAAGCGAGCGAAGCUACUGUUUAUUAUCAACACACUAAAAAAAGUUUUGGGCAAUACACACAAAAGUGCGAGCCGCUAUCAAAAUAGCGGAAAUGACUCGAGGGACAGAUUCUACCCUCUACGCCGGCAUUGGCGCCAUGCUAGCGCCUGAUCACUCGGCUUGGCAUAUGUUACUGGAAUGGAUGGAUGAAUGAUUUGAGCGAAUUGGGUUUCUUUUUUUCACUGGCGAAUGACGAGGAUCUUCCAACUAUGGAAAGAAUGGAACAGUUUGACGGAUUUAGUGAAGGCUAUUUUAGGUACCACCUAGUUUGCAACAUUGUGCUACGGGAACACUUCUUGGGACAGAUUGGUUUAGCAAGAUAUGCAGUAUGGAAUCAAUACACAAGAGGUCUUGACCU